AUGGCCGACGAAUCAUCCAAUCCCACCCCGCCGCCGGAGGCGCGCGAACUACCCCAGAGGCCCCAGAUCCAGAUCACCAUGCGGGAGCAGGAUCCCUUCCGGGACACCGCGUCCGACCACCACCUGCAAGUGCCGCUCCGACACAGCACGAUCGGCCGCGCCCUAACCCCCAGCAUGAUCCGCCACUCGCGGUCCGCCGGCAGCCUGCACGCCGUGUACGCCUCCGCGCAGCCGCAGGAGUCGACUGAGUUCUUGAUCCCGCCGCAACCGCACCGGCCGCCGCGGGAAGAAUAUGCCCAGGGCGGGCCGUUCCUGAUAUCGCGGCAGACGAGCUGGAGCUCGGAGGCCGCCAGUUACGACACCCGCGGAUACGGGUAUACGCAUUUCGAGGACUCGCAGGCGCCGUCGUGUAUCGAUAGCGAGGACAACGACGUGAACACGCAGACGGUGACGGAGAAAUUCAACAUCAUGCCGACGGAGGGGUUGUUGUUGUUUCCGGAGGAUGUCGAAAAAGAUGACUACCUGCAUAAUCCGGAUGCCAGUGACCGCGACAAGCCGUGCGAUAUUUGGAAUCGGAGGGGGUUGAUUAAUGUUGGGGGAUUGAUCUUGUUGACGCUGGGCUUUUUGACGUUGUUUAUUGGAUACCCUGUUAUAACGGCUGUGGAAAAUACCCUAGCAAAACAAGGGCCCAAAUGCGAGCCCGGUGACACCUUGUGUCUCGACGUCGGUGACCGGCCCUUGCUGGCGAAUAUUCGGAGUGGCUUGAUUGAUCCCGACACGCCGAAAGAUGCAUUGAAGAAGACGUCCGCGGAUGGGAAGGAGUGGACUCUGGUGUUUUCCGACGAAUUCACCACCCCUGGCCGCACAUUCUACGACGGUGACGACCCAUUCUACCAAGGGGUUGAUCUCUGGUACGGCGUGACACAAGAUCUGGAGUGGUAUGAUCCCGACGCCAUUACAACGCGAGAUGGAGUGUUAGAGAUUCGCUUCGACGCCUUCAAAAACCAUGACUUGCAAUACCGCUCGGGCAUGCUGCAAAGCUGGAACAAGCUCUGCUUCACCGGCGGACGGUUAGAAGCGAGUAUUUCCCUCCCGGGCGCCGGCGACGUGUCAGGGUUCUGGCCUGGUUUCUGGGCCAUGGGCAACCUGGCACGGCCGGGCUACGCUGCGACGACCGAAGGCAUGUGGCCGUACAGUUAUGAGGACCGAUGCGAUGCAGGGAUCACCCCGAACCAGAGUUCGACAGACGGGAUCAGCAUGCUCCCGGGGAUGCGUUUGCCCGCGUGCAGCUGUGCCGGCGAGGAUCACCCUUCUCCUGGAAAGUCGCGAAGCGCGCCAGAGCUCGACGUGAUCGAAGCGAGCGUCAUUUCACUGAAUAACAACCCCAAUUCGGCUGUGGGCUCUGUGUCGCAGAGUUUGCAGAUGGCCCCGUUCGAUAUCUGGUAUAUGCCAGACUAUGAUUUCGCCGCUGUGUACGACCCUCGCAUCACCGAGAUCAACUCGUAUCGCGGCAGCCCCUACCAACAGGCCAUGUCUGGGCUGACCAACCUGAACAACGACUGGUACAACGGGUCUGCGUACCAAGUAUACGCGUUCGAGUACACACCGGGCGCCACGGGCGACGUGACCUGGUUCGUCGGACAAGACAAGACCUGGACGCUGGACGGCCGUGCGCUUGGUCCGAACGGCAACGUCGGCCAGCGGAUGAUCCCCUUGGAGCCGAUGUCCAUCGUGAUGAACCUGGGUAUGGCGUACAGUUUCGCGGCCAUCGACGACUCGAUUCGCGAGUACAUGCCCGGGUUCAUGCGGUUUGAUUACAUUCGCAUCUAUCAAGACCCCGACCACCAGAGCGUCACCUGCGACCCGCCGGGAUACGAAACCACCGACUACAUCGCGAAUCACCCGAAAGCAUACAACGACUUUAACAAGACUACAUGGUCUGGGCUGCGCUGA